UUAUACCAUGCAUACGAAUUUCACGAAUUGAUUUUGUCUUUAUACUAUCUGGCAGGCGAUGGAUUCAAGAGGAGAUUGAUUCGGAGGAGCGAGGUGGAAACGGUUUCUAGAAGCAUACGCAGGAUCAGAAAGAAAGUGUCAGCUGUAGUGCAGCCCCGUGACGCCAUCCAGGUUUUCCAUCAAGGCACAAGUCCAAAGAACUUCAGAUACAUCAAUUUAUCAAACCCUCUGGAUCAUUCGAAAUACGAUGCGAUUUCAGAGACGAUUUCGUGGCAGCCACGGAGAUGCGCGCUCGUUGGCAACUCGGGGAUUCUGAACAGGAGCAAAUGCGGUGCAAGCAUCGACGCGCACGACUUCGUGAUCCGGAUGAACCUGGCGCCAAUUGGGGGGAUCUACGCAGACGACGUGGGAUCCAAAAUAUCGAUCAUGACGAUGAAUUGGGAACAGUUACUACUCGCAGUGAGAUGCGCGCGCAAUCGGACCGAUGACGUCGCAAAGGAAUGUGACGAGUUGGAUGAGCGAAUGAACCAGGCUCGCGAUGGAAUAAUCUGGUACACAAAGGGAGGAUACGUUGAUAGACUUGGCAUUGUGGCUGAACAUAUGUUGAAGAAUAACCAUGGAAACGGAAAGCGUUGCCCUCGAUGGGCUUACAGUCCGAGAGUGAUGCAGGGACUUUGUAAACAAUUAUGGAAGAACAAAAAUCCAUCGACAGGUCUGAUUGCGUUCUCCUUGGCAUCUCUUAUCUGUGACGAAAUUUCUCUCUUCGGGUUUUACCCUUUCGAAAAAGACACUUUGAAUAGGACAAUAGGUUAUCACUACUACGAGCCUCACAGUUCGAAACUCUUCUUCUAUAACAAACACCGCAUGCCCGUAGAGUAUAGGAUUUUUAGAACAUUCGGGAAACAUGGAUCGCCGGGGAGCCAGCUUGUUAUUCAACCAUGUGCAUGAUGUGUGUGCAUACUCUUGUUGAUAAUCAAUAAUAAUUGUGCAAUAAUAAUAAUAUUCUACCGUAACAAUAUGCAGUACUUGAUGAACAAAUUAGAUCUUCCUGGGACUGAAGUCCUCUUGGUCAUACACGUGGAUUAUGUUAUCAUUGUGGUAACUUUGUUAACCAACACCAUGGCAACAAAGUUAAACAGUCAAUCAGGAUCAAGGAUUUCAGGGAAGUUACCAUUGGAUGGUAAACUAAUUGUGACUUGGAUGUUGUUUGAAGGUUUGCAUGGU